UUAGUGGUUUCACUCCCAGGCAGAAGCAGCCGCGGUAACACUCGAAGUGAAAGCGAAAGAGGAGGAGGCCAAGGGCUGGAGAGAAAGCUACAGGCCAGAAAGGGUGGUUCGGAGAGCCCCUCUUCUCCAGCCGGGACGCGCCCGCCGGAGCAGUGGGGAAGGGCGGCGGGGCGGGGCGGGAGGGGUGGCAGCGCAGCCCCCAUGGGCGCGGGGCAGGGCUGGUGCCUGCUGCUCUGCCUGGCCCUGUCCCGCGUGGCGGCAGACCCAGAAGAAAGGCAGUGGCGGAAGGUGGAUGUGGUCCUAGACUGCUUCCUGGUGGAGGAAGACAGGCACCCUGGAAGUCUUGCCGGCAGUAGGACCACGGUGGAGGCCUUGCUCGUGCUGAGGCAAGUACCAGUGCUGGAUGACGGCUCCCUGGAAGCCUUCACUGAUUUCCAAGGGGGCACACUGGCCAAAGACAACCCACCUGUUACCUUCGAGGCCUCAGUGAACUUGGUACAGAUUCCUCAAGCCGAGGCCUUACUCCAUGCUGACUGCAACGGGAAGGAGGUGUCCUGUGAGAUCUCCCACUAUUUCCUCCAGGCCACUAAGAAAGCUUCGUUCAUCGCCAACGUGCAGGUACCCGGAGGGGGACCUAGUGUCUCCAUGGUGAUGAAGGUUCUCAGGGAUGCUGAGAAUGGGGCUGUCUUGCACCCCACACUGAAGCUGCCCCUGAGCCCCCAGGGGAUGGUGCAGACUGCAGUGGAGCUCCAAGUGACAACACAGACCCCAUUGCUGAAUUUCCUGCUGGGGUCCUCAGCCUCCCUGCACUGUGGCUUCUCCGUGGCCCCGGGCUUAGACCUGACUGGCGUGGAGUGGCGGCUGCAACAUAAGGGCCACGGCCAGCUGGUGUACAGCUGGACCACGGGGCAGCGGCAGGCCAAGCGGGAGGGUGCCUCCCUGGAGUCAGAGCAGCUACUCCUGGCCGGGGAUGCCUCCCUCACCCUGCCUAGCCUCACCCUGAAGGACGAGGGGACCUACAUUUGCCAGAUCACCACCUCUCUGUACCAAGCCCAACAGAUCGUCCAGCUCCACGUCCAAGCUUCCCCCAAAGUACAACUAAGCUUAACAAACAAAGCGCUGCCACCCACCCUCAUCUGCAACAUCGCUGGCUAUUAUCCUCUGGACGUGACUGUGACGUGGAUCCGAGAAGAGCCAGGUGGAGCCCCAGUCCCCGUCUCUGGGGCCUCCUUCUCCAGCCUCCGACAAAGCACAGCAGGAACCUACAGCGUCUCCUCCUUCUUGAAGGCAGAACCUGGCCCUGAAGGCACCACUUACACCUGCCAGGUCACCCACAUCUCCCUGGAGGAGCCCCUUAGGUCCACCGCCUGGGUUGCCCCACCAGAGCAGAAAACGGCCUUUGGAGUCCUCUUGGCCAGCAGCCUCUUCCUUCUUACACUGUUGUUCCUGGGGCUCCAGAGAUGGCCAGCUCCCUCACCGAGGUCUGCCAAGACGCUGAGGCCCUCUCGGUAACCACUCUCCUGCCUCAGUAAGAAGAAAGAGUAGUCACAUUCUCCCAGAAGGACCCUAGCCAAGUGUCAGAAAUCAAAAAGGCCUGAAGAAAAGCAUGAGGAAGGCACAGGUCACAGGGGCUCGGGCUCUGGCUCUGUGCACGUCUCUGCCUUCCUUCAUUGUGUCCCUGGGCUGAACACCAAGGGAGAAAACGUGAAGAGGUGAGAGGGUGGUAGGAAGGCAGAAUGUCUGUGUGGAGGUUAAAAAAUAAGCCUGUGGUAGGAAAAGAAAAUGGAAAGACAUUAAGAAAGGAGCAAGUGAGGGGCCGGGGGGCAAAAGGGUGGGGGUUGGGCCAUCACAUGCAAACAUUUGAACUCUGUCCAAAUAAAAGCCCCUUGUGUCCUCAGAAA